AGUUGUUAGAGAUUUUUGAAGUUAAGUUUAACAAUGUCGAAAGUAGUCAAGAAAUGUGUAAAUGAAUUUUCAAGACGUGGAUUUCUAUAUAGUUUACUUGACCCAAAACCCUGUGUUAUUCACGUGAGAAAGCAAACCUUUUUUUCAUCAAAUUAUUCACAUCAUGAUCAGUCGAAUCACGGGAGAAACAGAAAAUGGACUUUAGCUUUCGGGGUUGGAGGGGCACUUGCAGUGUUUGCUGCUCAUAAAUCCAAUGACAACAAAGCCAGUGCUGCCAGGUAUGAUCCAAGCUCACCAUUUUUGGGAGCUGGAAACACUGGUGGCAACACAAGAAGAGGAGCGUUUAAUUUUGUAGCUGAUGUUGUCCAAGUUGCCGGCCCGGCUGUUGUUCAUAUUGAGAGACUUGUAAAUGUCCCAUUCACAAGGAGGGCGGUAGCUGUUUCAAAUGGAUCGGGAUUUCUUGUUGAAUCGAAUGGAUUGAUUAUAACUAACGCUCAUGUGGUGGGAAACCAAUCUGCGUUAAAUGUUAAAUUACAAGAUGGAAGGGAAUUUGAAGGACAAGUUAUUGGGAUUGAUGAAGCUCGAGAUAUUGCUGCCGUGAAAAUUAAUUGUACUGGGUUACCCAAGAUUCCCCUCGGCACGACCCGUGACCUUCGACCUGGCGAAUGGGUGGUGGCGAUAGGGAGCCCUCUAGCGCUCAAAAACACGGUGACGGCUGGUAUUGUGAGUAAUAUGUGUCGAGCGGGGAAGGAGCUUGGGUUAAGAGACGAAGAGAAAAGGGACAUGGAAUACAUUCAAACCGAUGCAACUAUUAAUGUUGGCAACUCAGGAGGUCCUUUAGUAAACUUAGAUGGUGAAGUUAUUGGUAUCAACUCAAUGAUGGCUUCAGCUGGGAUUGGUUUCGCCAUUCCAAUCGAUUACGUCCGAGAUUUCCUACAACAACUAGAACAUGGACAGCAGACCAGGGUCCAACACACACGUCGAUGGAUAGGUGUAAGUAUGUUGUCACUCACACCAGAAAUAUCCUCACACCUCAGGGCAAGGAAUCCUGACUUUCCUGACGUAACUACGGGUGUUUAUGUUCAUAAAGUAACCCCUGAUUCACCUUCUGACAUAGCUGGUGUCCAAAAUGGUGAUGUCAUAAUAAAGAUUAACGGAAAACAAAUAAAUGGUGUCAGUGAUGUGCUGGAAACUCUUAAGCAAAACCAAGUUCUCAACGCGUCAAUUUGUCGCAGAGGAAGGACAAUCGUUGUUCGAAUUAUCGCUGAAGAAAUUGUUCAUUGAUGAAAUUGUUCACAUGCAAAGUCACUGAAUCAAUGUUCUCCCAAUAUUUGUAUUGUUGGAAUUGUUAUUUCAGCGUAACAACUCAUUCAACUCAACAACAUUCUUUUGCUCCAGUUUUAUUGUUUGGAUGUUGUUGUUGUUUCUAUUUUAUUCCUUGCAAUAAUUAGAAUUAAUAUGUACUAUGUAGUGACAACACUGAUUAGCUGAUAACAUUUAUUUUAACUAAAAAACACUUUUUAUUUUCAACUCAUUUCUGCAAACUUGGAAAUUUCCUGAUGAAUCUAUUUUUUUUGAAACAUCUUAAAACUUGAUGGCUAAUUUUCACUCACUUCUACUGUUUUCAUCCAUUGUAGGCUAAAGUAUUGGGGUAACUCAAACUGUAACUAUUCCGUGGCAAAUUGAUGGUAUUUGCCACCAGCCACUGUGAAUUUCUAAGGCAGACUGGUUAAGCAGAAAUCCACAAUACUUGAUAUUUUACUUUCCCAGGUUACCUACAACUUGUGUUUAUGUGUUGCAUAUUAUGGUAGCAAUGUAUGGUCCUUUAUAUUGUUUCCCAACUACCUUUUGUAGCAACUUUGUUUUUUUCUUAACAUUUUGUGUUUUACGCAAUAGUUUCAUGUGAAAUAUUAAUAAUAAUAUGAUUAUGAAAAUCAUGAGUUGAUAAUUUCAUAAUGUUUCUUACAUUUUCUUGGUUUAAUUCAUGCAAUGGUUUGUACAACAACAACUAGUAAUUCCACUUUAAACAUUCUUAAGUUAAUACAGUGGUUCUCAACCACUCUGUAUGGAAAUUAACAUUCAAGCUAUUUAAGUUCAUUCACAAUAAUCAAAAAUAUGUUUGUUUUUUGUUUUGUUUUUUUCUGUGUUGUUUCAAACUGUGUUGCUGCUUGUACUGUGUUCUGUUGAUUAAUUUAAAUUCCCUUUGACUAAAUUGGUUUCUUAUAACUUGGUGAAGUGCUACGUUUGAAAAAUUAUUUUAUGAAAACCUUCAAUUUGUUUUAAAUAAUUAUCAUCAAUGAUAAAUAUAUUAUGUUGUUUCUUAAG